AUGGCGCCGGUAGCUCGUUGAGAAUAACCAAGCCUAUGUGACAAGUGCAAUACCCAUGGGCCAUGAACCGGGUCUAACCUACUUUUGGUUGUUGAAUUCAGUCACAACUUCACGUCAAGUUAUGCAAGCAGACAAUAUAAUAAUAAUAAUAAUAAUACCAGUAAUUGAAUGUUUGCGUUAUACGCAAAAUUAUUAUAAUUAAAGUUUUAUUAUGCUUUUCAUUAUACAGAAUCUCAAAGCGCUUGUUAAGCGGCAGGUAGCUUAGUGGUCAAGAGCGUUGUGCCAGUAACCGAAAGGUCGCUGGUUCUAAUCCCUGAGCCGACUAGGUGAAAAAUCUGUCUAUGUGCCCUUGAGCAAGGCACUUAACCCUAAUUGCUCCUGUAAGUCGCACUGGAUAAGAGCGUCUGCUAAAUGACUAAAAUGUAAAAUGUAAAAAUUAUAUAGGCUACAACAUCAGCUAGAUCAAGUCUGUUGGAGUGCUUCUAGAUCAAGUCUGAGUGCUUCUAGAUCACGUCUGUUUGAGUGCUUCUAGAUCAAGUCUGUUGGAGUGCUUCUAGAUCACGUCUGUUGGAGUGCUUCUAGAUCACGUCUGUUGGAGUGCUUCUAGAUCACGUCUGUUGGAGUGCUUCUAGAUCAAGUCUGUUGGAGUGCUUCUAGAUCACGUCUGUUUGAGUGCUUCUAGAUCACGUCUGUUGGAGUGCUUCUAGAUCAAGUCUGUUUGAGUGCUUCUAGAUCAAGUCUGUUGGAGUGCUUCUAUACUGAACAAAAAUAUAAACGCAACAUGUAAAGUGUUGGUCCUAUGUUUCAUGAGCUGAAAUAAAAGAUCCCAGAAAUGUUUUAUACGCACAAAAAGCUUAUUUCUCACAAAUGUUGGUCACAAAUCUGUUUACAUCCCUGUUAGUGAGCAUUUCUCCUUUGCCAAGAUAAUCCAUCCACCUGACAGCUGUGGCAUAUCAAUAAGCUGAUUAAACAGCAUGAUCUUUACCAGUGGUGUAAAAAGUACCCAAUUGUCAUACUUGAGUAAAAGUAAAGAUACCUUAAUAGAAAAUGACUCAAGUAAAAGUGAAAGUCACCCAGUAAAAUCCUACUUGAGUAAAAGUAUUUGGUUUUAAAUAUACUUAAGUAUCAAAAGUAAAUGUAAUUGCUAAAAUAUGCUUAAGUAUCAAAAGUAGAAGUGAAAGUAUAAAUAAUUUCAAAUUCCUUAUAUUAAGCAAACCAGACACCACCAUUUUCUUGUUUUAAUUUUUUUACGGAUAGCCAGGGGCACACUCCAACACUCAGACAUAAAUUACAAACGAAGCAUUUGUGUUUAGUGAGUCCGCCAGAUCAGAGGCAGUAGGGAUGACCAGGGAUGUUCUCUUGAUAAGCGUGUGAAUUAAACCAUUUACCUGUCCUGCUAAGCAUUCAAAAUGUAACAAGUACUUUUUGGUGUCAGGGAAAAUGUAUGGAGUAAAAAGUACAUCAUUUUCUUUAGGAAUGUGGUAAAGUAAAAUUUGUCAAAUAGUAAAGUACAGAUACCCCAAAAAACGACUAAAGUAGUACUUUCAAGUAUUUUUACUUAAGUACUUUACACAGGUGCACCUUGUGCUGGGGACAAUAAAAGGCCACUCAAAAAUGUGCAGUUUUGUCACACAACACAAUUCCACAGAUGUCUCAAGUUUUGAAGGAGCGUCCAAUUAGCAUACUGACUACAGGAAGGUCCACCAGAGCUGUUGCCAGAUAUUUGAAUGUUCAUUUCGCCUCCAACGUCGUUUUAAAGAAUUUGGCAGUAUGUCCAACCGGCCUCACACCCGCAGACCAACGCAAAACCACACCUGCCCAGGACCUCUACACCCGGCUUCUUCACCUGCGGGAUCGUCUGAGACCAGCCACCCGGACAGCUGAUGAAACUGUGGGUUUGCACAACCGAAGAAGUUCUACUUUCAGGAAACCGUUUCAGGGAUUCUCCUCAGCUUGCUCGUCGUCCUCACCAGGGUCUUGACCUGACUGGAGUUGGGCGUUGUAACCGACUUCAGUGGGCAAAUGCUCACCUUCGAUGGCCACUGGCACGCUGGAGAAGUGUGCUCUUCACGGAUUCAUCUCGGGUUUCAACUAGAGCUCUCCAGAUGGAGGGUUGACGGACCACGUGUUUUAUACCGUAGCCUAUCAGUGCAGUGUUUUACUUUGUGGGUGGUUUAAGUGCGUUGCUCAAGGCCACAACGGCUCAGUUGUCAUUAUCGUACGUUCAUGGUCUGCCUGUCUGCCCUGUAAUAAACCUCAGGAUUGUCACGUCUCUGUAAUGUGCUGCAUCUCAGGCGGCAGACAGCCUUUCUGUUACGGUGUGCUCUUCAUGUCACUGGACGUUCUCCGUAACGUGCUCCUGGCUGACCCAAGAUCAGCAUCUAAGGGAAACUUCACCCUACUCCGCCACAUACUUGAACCUCUCCAUUAUUCCCUUCCCACAGGCACACUACCCCAGAGAAGUUCUACAUUGAGGCCUGUGAUGACGGGGCCGAUGCAGUCCUGGCCAUCGACAGGGUGUCCAAUGAGAUGACCCUGACUGGUAAGACUCAGUACACACCGUAGCGAAACGUUUUGCAACAAAAAAACAAGCAUUUGUUAUUGGAUGAAUUCAGGUAGGUUCCAAGAGAGGGUUUAUAGCUUCCUAAUGGAGUUCCUGAAGUGCGGAAGUUGUGAAUAAUGAAUGUACCCUUAAAACCUACAACUGCAUAAAGUGCUGGCAAAGUUUAGCGCACCACUCCGUCUAGCUCAGCAAAAGAUCUAGGUCUACAACUGAAGAUGACCUAUUGUGGAUCAGUACAGUAGCUGGAUGUGUGUGUGGUCAAUACAGUAGCUGGAUGUAUGUGUGGUCAAUACAGUAGCUGGAUGUGUGUGGUCUGUACAGUAGCUGGAUGUGUGUGGUCAAUACAGUAGCUAGAUGUGUGUGGUCAAUACAGUAGCUGGAUGUAUGUGUGGUCAAUACAGUAGCUGGAUGUGUGUGUGGUCAAUACAGUAGCUGGAUGUGUGUGGUCUGUACAGUAGCUGGAUGUGUGUGGUCAAUACAGUAGCUAGAUGUGUGUGGUCAAUACAGUAGCUGGAUGUAUGUGUGGUCAAUACAGUAGCUGGAUGUGUGUGUGGUCAAUACAGUAGCUGGAUGUGUGUGUGGUCAAUACAGUAGCUGGAUGUGUGUGUGGUCAAUACAGUAGCUGGAUGUGUGUUAAUCAUUGUGAUUAGAGAGUGUUUAUCCUGUAUCCUGUAUCUUCUUUAGGGAAGAAGGAUGUUCCUCCGUCAGCUAACACCAGGCCCAUCUGUGGCAUCAUGGGGACCAUCCGCCUGGUGGCAGGUAGGCACCACAGCCUGACACAACACUGGACUGGUCCUUAUCUUGUCACACAGGAUGUAGGCCUACCACUCGGUGCGUCCCAACAAUAUCUCCUUUCUCCUGAAGUGUGGAAUCGUUCACUAAUUCCCGCAAAUCUAAAAACAUCAGAUUGGUGGAGGCAUGGGUUAGAGCAGGGGUGUCAAACCAAUGUUUUUUUUUUUCUUCUACUAACUAUGUGUAGAAAUGAAAAUGGGCCUACAUUCAGGAAUUUUAUUGACUGUGUACAGCUCGCUAAUAAUCACCGAAAUGAAAAGCUAGACAGUCAGGGAGCAUCAAAUACCAAAAGUGAUGGAUAGAUGACUAUUUUUAGCAAAUUUGUACGGCGAGGAAAUAUAAUCAGUUUUCAGUGUGGCCCUCCGGACCUCGUUGAAGACCGAAUGCGACCCCCAGGGCAAUCUGAGUUUGACACCCCUGCGACUAGAGGGAGUUUCCACCGUAUUUCUUAUACCAGUAAUUACCUUUUCAAAUCAGUGAAGGGAAUUGAACAAGUGAACACUUGGGGAGAAAGGAGAUUAUCGGAACGUAACCCUUGUCCCUACAGGAUGUACCCCUGUAACUAACACGUUACUGUUUUAAAUAGGGUGUUGACCAGGCUGACGUUAACUGUGGUUUCCCCGCUCACAGGGAUGUACCUGAUCGUCAUUACCAAGAAGAGGAAUGUGGGCAGCCUCCUGGGUCACGCUGUGUGGAAGGCAGUGGAUUUUGAUGUCAUCUCUUACAAAAAGACGGUGCUUCACCUCACUGAGAACCAGGUGACAAACACACUCAUACACUUUUGGGAUAUAUAUUAUUUUUAUAAUAUAUUUUUUUACAUUACAGUUGGAAACAGAGGGGGAAGACAGGCAAAUGAGAGACCAGUAGGAAGGGUGGAUGUGGGGGAUUGAACCCAGUCUGUGGUGGGUUGUGACUAGCCGGGAGUGUUACCGCUAGACCACGGGGUUCUGCACCGUAUUUUCUUCCUAUUCUAAUACUCAGUCGGCUGGUUCUGUUUGAAACUCUUCCUAGUUACAGGAUAUCUAUUCACUGAUAGCUGUUGCUUGUUAUCAAUCCAUCCAUAUCUGUGACUUUGCAUUGUGUCAAUACGCAGAGAGAAUCUCCUUUCAAUCUAUCCUAGUGUUUGACAGGCAGUAGGGAAAGCACACUGCCAUGGAAACAGUAGCUUUGACCUAGAGGGGACCUAGCUACAGUAGCUAUGGUACAGCUAACAGACAGUAGCUUUGAACUUUAGCUAACAGACAGUAGCAUUGAACUAGAGGGGACCUAGCUACAGUAGCUAACAUACAGUAGCUUUGAACUAGAGGGACCUUAGCUACAGUAGCUAUGGUACAGCUAACAGACAGUAGCUUUGAACUAGAGGGGACCUAGCUACAGAUAGCGUUAGGUACAAGCUAACAGACAGUAGCUUUGAAACUAGAGGGGACCUAGCUACAAGUAGCAACAAGACAGUAGCUUUGAACUAGAGGGGACCCUAGCUACAGUACUAACAUACAGGUACCGCUUGAACAUAGAGUGGCCCUAGCUUGAACAGUAGGAACAACAGUAGCUUUUGGAACUAGUAGGACGUUAGCUACAGUAGCUAACAGACAGUAGCUUUGAACUAGAGGGUACCUAGCUACAGUAGCUAAAUAAAGACAAGUAGCUUUGAAACUUAGAGGGGACCUAGCUUACAGUAGCCUCUUGGUACAGCUAACAGACAGUAGCUUUGAACUAGAGGACCUAGCUACAGUAGCGUUAGUACAGCUAACAGACAGUAGCUUUGAACUAGAGGACCUAGCUACAGUACUAUGGGUACAGCUAACAGACGUAGCUGUUGAACUAGAGGGACCUAGCUACAGUAGCGUAGUACAGCUACACAGUAGCUUUGAACUAGGGGACCUAGCUACAGUAGCUAACAGACAGUAGCUUUGAACUAGGGGACCUAGCUACAGUAGCGUUAGUACAGCUAACAGACAGUAGCUUUGAACUAGAGGGGACUUAGCUACAGUAGCGUUAGUACAGCUAACAGACAGUAGCUUUGAACUAGGGGACCUAGCUACAGUAGCGUUAGUACAGCUAACAGACAGUAGCUUUGAACUAGAGGACCUAGCUACAGUAGCGUUAGUACAGCUAACAGACAGUAGCUUUGAACUUUAGCUAACAGACAGUAGCUUUGACCUAGAGGGGACCUAGCUACAGUAGCGUUAGUACAGCUAACAGACAGUAGCUUUGAACUAGAGGGACCUAGCUACAGUAGCUAACAGACAGUAGCUUUGAACUAGAGGGGACCUAGCUACAGUAGCUAACAUACAGUAGCUUUGAACUAGAGGGGACCUAGCUACAGUAGCUUAGUACAGUACGACAGUAGCUUUGAACUAGGGGGACCUAGCUACAGUAGCUAACAGACAGUAGCUUUGAACUAGGGGACCUAGCUACAGUAGCUAACAGACAGUAGCUUUGAACUAGAGGGGACCUAGCUACAGUAGCUAACAGACAGUAGCUUUGAACUAGAGGGGACCUAGCUACAGUAGCUAACAGACAGUAGCUUUGAACUAGAGGGGACCUAGCUACAGUAGCUAACAGACAGUAGCUUUGAACUAGGGGGACCUAGCUACAGUAGCUAACAGACAGUAGCUUUGAACUAGGGGACCUAGCUACAGUAAAGGCUACGGUAACAGACAGUAGCUUGAACUAGGGGGACUAGCUACAGUAGCUAACAGACAGUAGCUUUUGAACUAGAGGGGACCUAGCUACAGUAGCUAACAGACAGUAGCUUUGAACUAGGGGACCUAGCUACAGUAGCUAACAGACAGUAGCUUUGAACUAGGGGACCUAGCUACAGUAGCUAACAGACAGUAGCUUUGAACUAGGGGACCUAGCUACAGUAGCUAACAUACAGUAGCUUUGAACUAGAGGGGACCUAGCUACAGUAGCUAACAGACAGUAGCUUUGAACUAGGGGACCUAGCUACAGUAGCUAACAGACAGUAGCUUUGAACUAGAGGGGACCUAGCUACAGUAGCUAAACAGACAGUAGCUUUGUGAACUAGGGGGACCCUAGCUACAGUAGCUAACAGACAGUAGCUUUGAACUAGAGGGGACCUAGCUACAGAGCUAAGUUGAAUAGAGGGGACCUUGCUACAGUAGCUAACAGACAGUAGCUUUGAACUAGGGGACCUAGCUUUAACAGUAGCCUAACAGACAGUAGCUUUGAACUAGAGGGACCUAGCUACAGUAGCUAACAGACAGUAGCUUGAACUAGAGGGGACCUAGCUACAGUAGCUAACAGACAGUAGCUUUGAACUAGGGGACCUAGCUACAGUAGCUAAACAGACAGUAGCUUUGAACUAGAGGGGACCUAGCUACAGUAGUGUCAAAUCCAAUGUUAAGUAAAUUCCAAGAAUUCAAUUCCCAAUUCAAUAUUAUCCCCAAGAAUUAUACAAAUUCCAAUUUGAAAUCAAUUCCUUCAGGCUUUCAGGCUUAUCAUUUCAGUGUUCAGAAAUAUUCAAAUUGUUAACAUUUAUUUAAAACAAAUCCUGCAGUCAAUGUUUGAUACUAAGUGCUUUACUGUAACUGGGAAAUGUGCAAAAGUAGUGCACUAUAAAGGGAAUAGGGUGUAAUUUGGGACGCAACCUCAAGUCAUUGUAUCUGUUUAGAGAUGCACCACAGGUCAUUGUAUCUGUUUAGAGAUGCACCACAGGUCAUUGUAUCUGUUUAGAGAUGCACCACAGGUCAUUGUAUCUGUUUAGAGAUGCACCACAGGUCAUUGUAUCUGUUUAGAGAUGCACCACAGGUCAUUGUAUCUGUUUAGAGAUGCACCACAGGUCAUUGUAUCUGUUUAGAGAUGCACCACAGGACAUUGUAUCUGUUUAGAGAUGCACCACAGGUCAUUAUAUCUGUUUAGAGAUGCACCACAGGUCAUUGUAUCUGUUUAGAGAUGCACCACAGGACAUUGUAUCUGUUUAGAGAUGCACCACAGGUCAUUGUAUCUGUUUAGAGAUGCACCACAGGUCAUUGUAUCUGUUUAGAGAUGCACCACAGGUCAUUGUAUCUGUUUAGAGAUGCACCACAGGUCAUUGUAUCUGUUUAGAGAUGCACCACAGGACAUUGUAUCUGUUUAGAGAUGCACCACAGGUCAUUGUAUCUGUUUAGAGAUGCACCACAGGUCAUUGUAUCUGUUUAGAGAUGCACCACAGCACACAGUCAGAACAACGCUUGCUAACAGCACAGCUUACUAAAGGUCACAGUGAAUUUCCUUUGUUAUGGAAAAUGGAAGUUGUCACACACUCUUUACUUGAUACGUAAAGAAAGACUUAUAUAUUUUCUUAUUAGAAUUAUCAGUGAAAGUUUUGGUCUAAAUGCCUCAGGUGUUUUAAUACUUCACGUUUUCGAUGAGUGCCGUGGGUGGAGUGGAAAUUUAGUUUGGAGGUAUUAGAAACCAUGUGUGAUUCCAAAUGGCACCCUAUUUCCUAUACUGUGCACUACUUUUGACCAGAGGCCAAAAGUAAUGCCCUAUAUAGGGAAUAGGGCACCAUUUGGAACACAAGACUUGCAUUUUAAUGUAUUUGGCCGUCAGUCAUCUUGAGGAGAGAGACACUGCAUUCACUGGCAAAAACAGGAUACAAAGUGCUGAUAAAGUGCUGACAUAAUGCAGGGAAGCAGCUGCAGCCUCGUAGGGAGUGAUGAGGUAUAGGGUCAAUCCCAUUUGCAUCCUCUCUCCUCUUCUUCUCUUCAAAACACAUUGGAGAAGACCUUAGUUUCAAGUUUUAAUGUCAAAUGCUCAAGUACAGUGAAAUGCCUUUCUUGCAAACUCAAAACACAACAAUGCAAUAAUGAAUAACAAUGUAUUACUAUAAAAAAAUAACACGAGAAAUAUGAAAUACACAGGAAAUAUACAGGAAAUAUUUAAAAAGUCAGUUCCAAUACCAUAUUUACAUGUGCAGGGGUACUGGAUUGAUGGAGGUAGAUACAGUGUAUUCGGAAAGUAUUCAGACCCCUUGACUUUUUCCACAUUUUGUUACGUUACAGCCUUAUUCUAAAAUAGAUUACAUUUUUCCCUCAUCAAUUACACACAAUACGUCUGGAGCAAAAACAGGUUUUUAGAAAUGUUUGCAAAUGUAUAUAAAAAUAAGAAAAUGGUAAUAUGACAUUUUAAGUAUUCAGACCUUUUACUCAGUACUUUGUUGUAGCACCUUUGGCAGCGAUUACAACCUCAAGUCUUCUUGGGUAUGACGCUACAAGCUUGGCACACCUGUAUUUGGGGAGUUUCUCCCAUUCCUCUCUGCAGAUCCUCUCAAGCUCUGUCUUGUUGGAUGGGGAGUGUCGCUGCACAGCUAUUUUCAGGUCUCUCCAGAGAUGUUCGAUCGGGUUCAAGGCCGGGCUCUGGCUGGGCCACUCAAGGACAUUCAGAGACUUGUCCCGAAGCCAGUCCUGCAUUGUCUUGGCUGUGUGCUUAGGGUCGUUGUGCUGUUGGAAGGUGAACCUUCGCCCCAGUCUGAGGUCCUGAGCGCUCUGGAGCAGGUUUUCAUCAAGGAUCUCUCUGUACUUUGCUCCGUUCAUCUUUCCCUCGAUCCUGACUAGUCUCCCAGUCCCUGCCGCUGAAAAACAUCCCCACAACAUAAUGCUGCCACCACCAUGCUUCACCGUAGGGAUGGUGCCAGGUUUCCUCCAGACGUGACGCUUGGAAUUCAGGCCAAAGAGUUCAAUGUUGGUUUCAUCAGACCAGACUAUCUUGUUUCUCAUGGUCUGAGAGUCUUUAUGUGCCUUUGGCAAACUCAAAGCUGGCUGUCAUGUGCCUUUUACUGAGGAGUGGCUUCCGUCUGUCCACUCUACCAUAAAGGCCUGAUUGGUGUAGUGCUGCAGAGAUGGUUGUUCUUCUGGAAGGUUCUCCCAUCUCCACAGAGGAACUCUGGAGCUCUGUCAGAGUGAUCAUCGGGUUCUUGGUCACCUCCCUGACCAAGGUCCUUCUCCCCCAAUUUCUCAGUUUGGCCGGGCGGCCAGCUCUAGGAAGAGUCUUGGUGGUUCCAAACUUCUUCAAUUUAAGAAGGAUGGAGGCCACUGUGUUCUUGGGGACCUUCAAUGCUGCAGAAAUGAUUUGGUACCCUUCCCCAGAUCUGUGCCUCGACACAAUCCUGUCUCGAAGCUCUAUGGACAAUUCCUUCGACCUCAUGGCUUGUUUUUGCUCUGACAUGCGCUGUCAACUGUGGGACCUUAUAUAGACAGGUGUGUGCCUUUCCAAAUCAUGUCCAAUCAAUAGAAUUUACCACAGGUGGACUCCAAUCAAGUUGUCGAAACAUCUCAAGGAUGAUCAAUGGAAACAGGAUGCACUUGAGCUCAAUUUCGAGUCUCAUAGCAAAGGGUCUGAAUACUUAUGUAAGUAAGGUAUUUGUUUUUAAGUUUUAAGAAAUUUGCUAAAAGUAUUGGGUAUUGUGUGUAGAUUGAUGAGGAAAACAAUUAUUUUAAUCAAUUUUAGAACAAGGCUGUAACGUAACAAAAUGUGGAAAAAGUAAAAUGGUUUGAAUACUUUCCGAAUGCACUGUAUGUAUACGGGUAAGGUGACUAUGCAACAGGAUAUAAGAUAAACAGAGUAGCAGCAGCUUGUAUGUGAGUGGGUUGUGUAGAGUCAGUAUAAAUGUAUGUGCAUAUUAUGUGCGAGUGAGAAAAUGGAGUUUGUGUGUGAGUAUGUGAUGAUGUAGGACCCUGUGAGUGUUUAUAGAGACAAAUACUGAAAGAAGAGGGGAGGAACCUUGGACCUUCUCCUCCGAUACUGUUGAGAAGGAGACAAGCAGGUGGGACGUGAGGGAUCACGGAAAGACACAUUGAGAAGUGCAACACUUUGGUAGAAAGGAGAAAUUGUGGUCAUAGCUGUAGUCAUUCAUGUCCGUCUUGUCUAGGGGAUAAUUUCUGUAUUUUGCAAGUUCCAUAUCUUGGAUACUUGAUUACUGACAAGCAAAAAUCAAUGGACUAAUGAAACAAAUACCAAAAUAUGGCUUUCCUUUAGACAUCGGCUGCGUCCCAAAUGUCACCUGCACCACAUAGGGAAUAGGGUGCAGCCAUUUGGGAUGCAGAGAUCAUUAGAAGUUGUGCACUAAACUCUGGGAGGGAGGUGAAGUGGACAAGGUUUAGAAUGAAACCCAUCAACUCGGAGGGCUAUUGUAAUAUGUAAGAGAUGAUUUCAACCGUGCAUAACAAGGCCCCAUUUUGAAACCACCGGGGCUGUAAUAGUACUUCAGAACAUCUGAUGCGGUUCAGAUUUAUUUUAGCCAGAUUUAUUUAAUUUGUUUAUAGGUCACCUAGUAAGAUUUUUGUCAAUGUUUCUAAAUAAAGCAUGCUGUUUAAUUUCAUAUGAAAAGUCCCUGGCUUAACAGCCUCUCUUUCCACAUUUUCACACACACACACAACUCCUACACAAAACGGCAAACUGCACUGUCAUGAGUUGUGCCCAACCAGCUAAAAUCUAUUUUCUCCCAUCCAGACGCAUGACAACAAGACAUUCCUGUCCAUGAUUAACAACGUGCUGACUACAGAUGGAUUCUACUUCUGCACUGACUAUGACCUGACCCACACCCUCCAGAGACUGGCCAACGUCAGCCACGACUUCCAGGAGAUGAGCCUGCUGGAGAGGGUAGGAGAAGAGGGGGAGGGAGAGAGGGAGAGAGAGCGUGAGGAGGGGAGAGAGAGAGAGAGGACAAGAGAGAGAGGAGAGAGAGAGGGGGAGAGGGUGUGUGAAAAGAGGGUAGGAGAAGAGGGGGGAGGGAGGGAGGGAGAGAGAGCAUGAGGAGGGGAGAGAGAGGAGGAGAGAGAGGGGAGGAGAGGGAGAGGGGGAGAGGGUGUGUGAAAAGAGGGUGGGGGUGUGGAAGGGGAGAGAGAGAGGAGAGCGAGGAGGUGUGGAAGAGGGUAGGAGGGGAGGGGGUGAGAAAUGACUAUUGUUUCUCUGGAACAAAGACCCUGUCCAGAAACAACCCUAGACCCAACCUAACCCUCGAGGCUCUUGUGCAGACCUGGAAAGAUUGAUAGAGGUAGACAGUUUACCAUACUGCUCAUAUCCAGAGGGCAAGGUGCAGCUACCACCAUAUUGCUUAUAACUAACCGAUUCUUUCAAAUCUACAUUUACAUUUACAUUUUAGUCAUUUAGCAGACGCUCUUAUCCAGAGCGACUUACAGUUAGUGAGUGCAUACAUUUUCAUACAUUCUCUGAUUAUUUUAGGAGCAUAACAGUUGUUUUUGGACAGGGCCAGAGUUUUCUCCUAUUGCAUACCAAGCUAGUCAACCACAAUGGCUUAGAUGAUGAUAUCCCUCUCUCAUCCAUAUUGGAGGAGUGUCACUGGGGUGUUUGGGCUUUGGGCUCCUGCCAUUCAUGUAAACCACACUAGUCACCUUGCCCUCGUGUACACACACACACACAGAAGCAUUUACUCACGUAAACACACACACACACACACACACCACUGUCUGCUCAAACUGAUGGAGAUAAUUUACUGCAGGCUGAUUGUCAGAUACAGUGCCUUCAGAAAUUAAUCACACGACUUUACAAAGAUACAGCCGCCCUUCCUAACUUAGUUGCCGGAUGGGAAGGAAACCGCUCAGAGAUUUCACCAUAAGGCCAAUGGUGAUUUUAAAACAGAGUUUAAUGGCUUUGAUAGGAGAUAACUGAGGAUGGAUCAACAGCGUUGUAGUUACUCCACAAUACUAACAUAAAUGACAGAGUGAAAAGAAGGAAGCCUGUACAAAAUAAAAAAUAUUCCAAAACAUGCAUCCUGUUUGCAACUAGGCACUAAAGUAAUACUGCAAAAAAAUAUGGCAAAGCAAUUACCUUUUUGUCCUCAAUACAACGUGUUAUGUUUGGUGCAAAUCCAACACAUCACUGAGUACCACUCUUCAUAUUUUCAAGCAUGGUGGUGGCUGCAUCAUGUUAUGGUAUGCUUUUCAUCGACAAGGAAUAGGGAGUUUUUUAAGAUAAAAAUAAAUGGAAUAGAGCUAAACACAGGCAAAAUCCUAGAGGAAAACCUGGUUCAUUCUGCUUUCCACCAGACACUGGGAGACAUAAUCACCUUUCAGCAGGACAGUUAGCUAAAACACAAGGCCAAAUAAACACUGGAGUUGCUUACCAAGACGACAUUCUCAGUGGCCUAGUUACAGUUUUGACUUAAAUCUGCUUGAAAAUCUAUGGCAAGACUUGAAAAUGGCUGUCAAGCAACAAUCAACUUGACAGAGCUUAAAUCGUUUUUUUAAAAGAAUGACGAGCAAAUCUUGUAUAAUCCAGGUGUGCAAAGCUCUUAGACUUACCCAGAAAGACUCACAGCUGUAAUCGCUGCCAAAGGUGAUUCUAACUUGUAUUGACUCAUGCGGUUGAAAACGUAUGUAAUCAAGAGAUAGUGUUUUCCCCCCAUUAAUUACACAAAAUGUUAGUAUUUUUUAAAAGCUUUUACAGUCUUUUUUUUUUUUGUAGAUCGUUGACCAAAAAUGACAAUUUAAAUCCAUUUUAAUCCCACUUUGUAACACUAGAAAAGGGUUGUGAAUACUUUCUGAAGGCACUAUAGAUUGAGGGAUUGAUUUAUUGAGUCUGUGAUUGACUGAUUGGUUCUCCUGUUUCUAGGCAGAUCAGAGGUUUGUGUGGAAUGGAAGCCUCCUGAGAGAGUUCCUUGCACAGCCAGAGGUGAGUGUGAUGAUAUGCCUUAUAACACAUUACACAUGUCCACAGCCUUCCUCCUUUGUUUCUUAUUCUAAUGUACCAGCGGUAAGUGUAUUAGAAUAUGGACGUCAAGAUAACGUCAACCUUACCCCUCCAAAAUUAACCUUAUUUGUUUGAACAAUAACUAUAGACGACCACAGUCUUCCUCCUUUGUUUCUUGUUGAAAUGUAUCCAGUUUAAAUGUGAUAUUUUCAUUCCCUUUCAGCUCCACAAGUUUGCGAUCCCUGUUGUCCAUGGAUGUAUCCUUUGCAUGGUCUUGCUUUGCUCCCACCGAUCUUAGUGUAGUAGUAAUCAGAACGUUGAGUUUGAAUGGGUCUCUCUGAGUGUUCCAAUAACCAAUUUCAACUCAAUGCAACUUAAAUCAUUCCCUCAGGGGCACUUUAGGUAACCGUCGCCAGGAAAUAAAUAAUAACAUCCUCUGCUUAGAGUACAAGAACAAUAACAUCCUCCACUUAGGGUUACGUCCCAAACUGCACCCUAUCCCCUAUAUAGUGCACUACUUUUGACCAGACUAUAUAGGGGAUAGGGUGCCAUUUGGGACACAGACUUAGGUACAACUUGGCCUAUGGGCUGAUGCUGUAGCAGUGUAUUAUGUGAGGUCCUUGAUGAGCCUGAUCCAGUCGUUGUGAUGAAGCCGUGCCGUGUCAACGGGAAGAUCUUUGAAUGGAUCCUCAUAUCCAGAAGGAGCUGCUUCAGGGCUGGGGUCAGGUACUACGUCAGAGGUAAGACACAUGGCCACGUCCCAGUUGGCACCCUGUUCCCUAUGUUGUGCACUACUUUUGACCAGGGCUCAUAGGGCCCUGGUCUAAAGUAGUGCACUAUACAGGGAACAGGGUGCCAAUUGGGUACGCAGCCAUUGUACUGUACUGAGCAGCAUUACUGGCAUGUUGAAUCAGUAAUGGCCCCGUGGACAUGCGUGAUCAUUCUCUCAUUAUCAUUAUUCGGUUUUUUUCCUCAGGUAUCGAUUCUGAGGGCCACGCUGCUAACUUUGUGGAGACGGAGCAAAUAGUCCUGUACAAUGGAGGGAGGGCUUCAUUCGUACAGGUGAGUUUGAAAAGUAGUAGUAGUAGUAGUAGUAGAAGACGGUGGUGGUAGUAGACAACAGCAGUAGUAGUAGUAGUAGCAGUAGUAGUAGUAGUAGUAGUAGCAGUAGUAGCAGUAGUAGUAGUAGCAGUAGUAGCAGUAGUAGUAGUAGUAGUAGUAGUAGUAGUAGUAGUAGUAGUAGUAGUAGUAGUAGUAGCAGUAGUAGUAGCAGUAGCAGUAGCAGCAGUAGUAGUAGUAGUAGUAGUAGUAGCAGUAGUAGUAGUAGUAGUAGAAGACGGUGGUGGUAGUAGACAACAGCAGUAGUAGUCGUAGAAAUAGUAGUAGUAGAAUUAAUAGUAGUAGUAGUUGUUCCAGUUAUUGAAUAGGCUCUGAACCAAUCCAGAGAAAUAAGAGCGUUUUUAAAGGUUUUUUUCAGAUAAUGUUUGUUUCCCUCCACAGACACGAGGCUCCAUGCCCUUCUUCUGGUCUCAGAGGCCCAACCUGAAAUACAAGCCCAAGCCACUGAUCAGCAACAACACCAAUCACGUAAGGGAUUUUACAUCUUCUGUUUCCCUCUUUCUAUUGCAUUACAGUACAACAGGUCAAAGGUUAGGUAAACCCACUCUGUGGAUCUUUUGUCUACCAAAUCAUCAAUUAACGCAUUUUUCCCCAACUGUCUUCAUAGAUGGAUGGCUUCCAGAGGCAUUUUGACUCCCAGGUCCUCAUCUAUGGAAAGCAGACCAUUCUGAACUUGGUAGGCCCCUCCAUUUUUUUUUAAGCCUCACAAUGGCUAACAUCACUUUGUCACAUAAUUGUGAGAGAGACGCAUUAGAGAGAUGGAUAUAAGAUUGUGUUCUUUUUCCUCCAGGUCAACCAGAAGGGUUCAGAGAAGCCCCUGGAACAAGCCUUUGCCAAGAUGGUGUCUGGCUUGGAGAACGGCAUGAUCAAGUAGGAACAGACCACCGCUCUCCUGAACACUCACCCAUCUGGCUUAGCAUUUUGAGCGAUUUAUACCUUUUUAGAUGGGCGGCAGGUAGCUUAGUGGGUAAGAGCGUGGUGCCAGUAACCGAAAGGUCGCUGGUUCUAAUCCCUGAGCCGACUAGGUGAAAAAUCUGUCGAUGUGCCCUUAAGCAAGGCACUUAACCCUAAUGGCUCCUGUAAGUCGCUCUGGAUAAGAGCGUCUGCUAAAUGUAAAAAUUAUGAAGAUGAAUGAAUGAAUGGAUGGAUGAAUGGAUGGAUCUAGUGUAUUCAUGCUGUUUCUAUUGGCUGCAGGUACGUAGCAUUUGACUUCCACAAGGAGUGCAGCCGGAUGAGAUGGGAUCGUCUGAAUAUCCUGGUGGACAAUGUAGCUGAGACACAAGAUGAAUACAGGUAUUUCUCCCUAUUGACUCCUUUUUAAAUAGCUGCUAGUCUACACCCACAACCAUACAAGACUCCAGUUAAGUUCCUUAGCAAGAGGAUAGGCAUAUGAACACAAAGGAGAGGGUCGUUUUCAUCCUUUCUACCCUUUUAUCUCUGGUGUGUCUUCAGGGUAACAUACUGUGAUUACAUUACGGUAGUCAGUCUGGUCUGUCUUCAGGGUAAAUUACCUGUGAUUACAUUACAGUAGUCAGUCUGGUCUGUCUUCAGGGUAAAAUACCUGUGAUUACAUUACGGUAGUCAGUCUGGUCUGUCUUCAGGGUAACAUACCUGUGAUUACAUUACGGUAGUCAGUCUGGUCUGUCUUAGGUAAAUCCUGUGAUUACCCUUACAUCUGGCUCCGGGGUAACUCCUCUGAUAAAUUAAGAUCGUCUGUCUGCUCAAGGGUAAAAUUACCGAGUGAAUGAAUGAAUGGUUUUUGGAUAAAUGUGGAUUCUUAGUGAUUCAGCUGGUCUAUGCUCAGGUAACAUUUGAUUACAAGGUAGUCAUCCGGUGUAUGGGAUACCGUUUUAAAUUUACGGUGUCAGUCUGUAGUCUUCAGGUAACAAUGUGAUACAGGUAUUCUCUCCAUAGACUCCUUUUUAAAUAUGUCUGCUGUCUUCAGGAACAUACCUAGAUUCAUUAGCUGUAGCAAGUCGGAUUUUAGGCAAUACAGAUACAUUAGGAGAGUGGUCGUUUCAUCCUUUUACCCUUACUAGUCUCUGGUCUGUCUUCAGGGUAACAUACCUGUGAUUACAUUACGGUAGUCAGUCUGGUCUGUCUUCAGGGUAACAUACCUGUGAUUACAUUACGGUAGUCAGUCUGGUCUGUCUUCAGGGUAACAUACCUGUGAUUACAUUACGGUAGUCAUCUGGUCUGUCUUCAGGGUAACAUACCUGUGAUUACAUUACGGUAGUCAGUCUGGUCUGUCUUCAGGGUAACAUACCUGUGAUUACAUUACGGUAGUCAGUCUGGUCUGUCUUCAGGGUAACAUACCUGUGAUUACAUUACGGUAGUCAGUCUGGUCUGUCUUCAGGGUAACAUACCUGUGAUUACAUUACGGUAGUCAGUCUGGUCUGUCUUCAGGGUAACAUACCUGUGAUUACAUUACGGUAGUCAGUCUGGUCUGUCUUCAGGGUAACAUACCUGUGAUUACAUUACGGUAGUCAGUCUGGUCUGUCUUCAGGGUAACAUACCUGUGAUUACAUUACGGUAGUCAGUCUGGUCUGUCUUCAGGGUAACAUACCUGGUGAUUAGCAUAUUAAAACCGGCUAUGUGUUCGGUCUUCUCAAGGAACCAUACUGUGCUACUAUUACCGGAGUAGACAAUCGAAUCGUCCUUAUUGUACACCAUACACGGGUGAGUUACAGUGAGAUCUUUACUGACAGCCCUGAACAACAUCUGGGAAGUGUUCAAGUAUUGCAUCAAAUGGAAAAACACGAUUCCAUAACAAGAGCACUAGUAAAUACAGAGGGUCAAUGCAAAUAGUCCGGGUAGCCAUGAUUAGCUGUUCAGCAGUCUUAUGGCUUGGGGGUAGAAGCUGUUGAGAAGUCUUUUGGACCUAGACUUGGCACUCCGGUACCACUUGUCGUGUGGUAGCAGAGAGAACAGUCUAUGACUAGGGUGGCUGGAGUACUUUGGCAAUUUUUUGGGCCUUCCUCUGACACAUUAGGCAUGGGUCCUCAUAUCCUCAAAAAGUUAUACAGCUGCACCAUCGAGAGCAUCCUGACAGGUUGCAUCACCGCCUGGGGCCAAGCUUCCUGCCAUCCAGGACCUCAAUACCAGGCGGUGAUGAAACCAGUCAGGAUGCUCUCGAUGGUGCAGCUGUAUAACUUUUUGAGGAUAUGAGGACCCAUGCCUAAUCUUUUCAGUAUCCUGAGGGGGAAUAGGCGUUGUCGUGCCCUCUGAAUGACUGUCUUGGUGUGUUUGGACCAUGAUAGUUUGUUGGGGAUGUGGACACCAAGGAACUUGAAACUCUCGACCCGCUCCACUACAGCCCUGUCGAUGUUAAUGGGGGCCUGUUUGGCCCUCCUUUUCCUGUAGUCCACGAUCAUCUCCUUUGUCUUCAUCACGUUGAGGGAGAGGUUGGCACCACACUGCCAGGUCUCUGACCUCCUCCCUAUAGGCUCUCUCAUUGUUGUCAGUGAUCAGGCCUACCACUGUUGUUUCGUCGGCAAACUUAAUGAUGGUGUUGGAGUCGUGCUUGGCCAUGCAGUCAUGGGUGAACAGGGAGUACAGGAGGGGACUGAGUACGCACCCCUGAGGGGACCUCUUGUUGAGGAUCAGCGUGGCAGAUGUGUUGUUACCUACCCUUACCACCUGGUGGCGGCCCGUCUAGAAGUCCAGGAUCCAGUUGCAGAGGGAGGUGUUUAGUCCCAGGGUCCUUAGCUUAGUGAUGAGCUUUGAGGGCACUAUGGUGUUGAACACUGAGCUGUAGUCAAUGAAUAGCAUUCUCACGUAGGUGUUCCUUUUGUCCAGGUGGGAAAGGGCAGUGUGGAGUGCAAUAGAGUUUGCGUCAUCUGUGGAUCUGUUGGGGCGGUAUGCAAAUUGGAGUGGGUCUGGGGUUUCUGGGAUAAUGGUGUUGACGUGAGCCAUUACCAGCCUUUCAAAGCACUUCAUGGCUACAGACAUGAGUACUACGGGUUGGUAGUCAUUUAGGCAGGUUACCUUGGUGUUCUUGGGCACAGGGACUAUGGUGGUCUGCUUGAAACAUUGUAGGUAUUACAGACUCAGUCAGGGACAUGUUGAAAAUGUCAGUGAAGACACUUGCCAGUUGGUCAGCGCAUGCUCGGAGUAUAUGUCUUUGUAAUCCGUCUGGCCCUGCGGCCUUAUGAAUGUUGACCUGUUUAAAGGUCUUAUUCACAUCGGCAAUGGAGAGCGUGAUCACACAGUCGUCCGGAACAGCUGGGGCUCUCAUGCAUGCUUCUGUGUUGCUUGCCUCGAAGCACGCAUAGGCUCGUGUCACUGGGCAGCUCGAGGCUGUGCUUCCCGUUGUAGUCCGUAGUAGUUUUCAAGCCCUGCCACAUCCGACGAGCGUCGGAGCCGGUGUAGUAUGAUUCAAUCUUAGUCCUGUAUUGAUGCUUUGCCUGUUUGAUGGUUCGUCGGAGGGCAUAGUGGGAUUUCUUAUAAGCGUCCGGGUUAGAGUCCCGCUCCUUGAAAGCGGCAGCUCUACCCUUUUAGCUCAGUGCGGAUGUUGCAUGUAAUCCAUGGCUUCUGGUUGGGGUAUGUACGUACGGUCACUGUGGGGACGACGUCAUCGAUGCACUUAUUGAUUAAGCCGGUGACUGAUGUGGUAUACUCCUCAAUGCCAUCGGAUGAGUCCCGGGAACAUAUUGCAUUCUGUGCUAGCAAAAUAGUCCUGUAGCUUAGCAUCUGCGUCAUCUGACCACUUCCAUAUUAAGCGAGUCACUGGUACUUUCUGCUUUAGUUUUUGCUUGUACGCAGGAAUCAGGAGGAUAGAGUUAUGGUCAGAUUUGCCAAAUGGAGGGUGAGGGAGAGCUUUGUAUGCGUCUCUGUGUGUGGAGGAAAGGUGGUCUAGAGUUUGUUUUCCUCUGGUUGCACAUGUAACAUGCUGGUAGAAAUGAGGUAAAACGAAUUUAAGUUUCACUGCAUUAAAGUCCUCUGCCACUAGGAGUGCCGCCUCUGGAUGAGCAUUUCCCUGUUUGCUUAUGGCCUUAUACAGCUUGUUGAGUGUGGUCUUAGUGCCAGCAUCGGUUUGUGGUGGUAAAUAGACAGCUAUGAAAAAUAUAGAUGAAAACUCUCUUGGUAGAUAGUGUGGUCUACAGCUUCAUGAGAUACUCUACCUCAGGCGAGCAAAACCUUGAGACUUCCUUAAUAUUACAUUUCGUGCACCAGCUGUUGUUUACAAAUAUACACAGACCGCCACCCCUUGUCUUACCGGAGGCAGCUGUUCUAUCCUGCCGAUGCAGCGUAUAGCCUGCCAGCUGUAUGUUGUCCAUGUCGUCGUUCAGCCACGACUCAGUGAAACAUAAGAUAUUACAGUUUUUAAUGUUCCGUUGGUAGGAUAGUCUUGAUCAGAGCUCAUCCAGUUUAUUCUCCAGUGAUUGCACGUUGGCCAAUAGGACGGAUGGUAGAGGCGGGUUACCCACUCGCCGACUAAUUCUUACAAUGCACCCUGACCUAGGUCCCCUAUAUCUCUGUCUCUUUUUCAUGCGAAUGACAGGGGAUUUGGGUGAAGUAAUCCUUCGCGUCCGACUCGUUAAAGAAUAAAUUUUCGUCCAGUACGAGGUGAAUAAUCACUGUUCUGAUAUCCAGAUGCUCUUUUACGGUCAUAAGAGACGGUGGCAGAAACAAUUAUGUACAAAAUAAGUUACAGACAACGCGAAAAAACACACACACAAUAGCACAAUUGGUUAGGAGCCCGUAAAACAGCAGCCAUCUCCUCCGGCGCCAUUAUAUAGGGAAUAGGGUGCCAUUUGGGACACACCCCCUAGCCUUGUCUUUAUUAUAAAUGGACCCCUCUGUUGUGUCCCUGCAGUGGAGGGCUAGGUGGUGUCCCAACGUUACAGUGCUGUUACUGGCUCUCUCCUAGCCUCGUCUACUGACCCCUCUUGUCUCCCUGCAGCUACUUCAUGGUAGACACGGAGGGGAAGGUGUUGUCCCAGCAGAAGGGGACGUUCCGCAGUAACUGCAUGGACUGUCUGGACCGCACCAACGUCAUCCAGAGCAUGCUGGCCCGCCGCUCCAUACAGUCCCAGCUACAGGUAGGAAGUCCUCCAGAGCUGGACCCGCCGCUCCAUACAGUCCCAGCUACAGGUAGGAAGUCCUCCAGAGCUGGCCCGCCGCUCCAUACAGUCCCAGCUACAGGUAGGAAGUCCUCCAGAGCUGGCCCGCCGCUCCAUACAGUCCCAGCUACAGGUAGGAAGUCCUCCAGAGCUGGCCCACCGCUCCAUACAGUCCCAGCUACAGGUAGGAAGUCCUCCAGAGCUGGCCCGCCGCUCCAUAUAGUCCCAGCUACAGGUAGUAAGUCCUCCAGAGCUGGCCCGCCGCUCCAUACAGUCCCAGCUACAGGUAGUAAGUCCUCUAGAACUGGCCCGCCGCUCCAUACAGUCCCAGCUACAGGUAGUAAGUCCUCCAGAGCUGGCCCACCCUCCAUACAGUCCCAGCUACAGGUAGUAAGUCCUCCAGAGCUGGCCCGCCGCUCCAUACAGUCCCAGCUACAUGUGUGUGGAUGGUAUACGCUUAUUUUUGCUAGACAGUUCACUCCGAUGGAGCAGGCAGAGUACCCCAUUCUACCUCCAUACUGUCCCAGCUGCAGGAGUGUGGGAGUUACACUUACACUCAGAGGGACCCUUUUUACUGCCUAAUAUGUUAAUUUAUACAGUCCCAGCCACAGGUAGGAGCUAGGAGGGUUGCACUCAUUAUCACUUGAAGAAAAGGGAAACCUGCACACUGCUCUGCAGUAGUAUUUAAACCCAUUAUUUCUUGACAGAUACUCAGCGACCAGGCAGAGUACUUUCACACACUGUGGGAGUUAUCAUUCUGACAGUUCCAUAAGAGAACAAACUAAGAAAGUUAUAAUAAUAAUAAUAAUAAUAUGCCAUUUAGCAGACGCUUUUAUCCAGAGCGACUUACAGUCAUGCGUGCAUACAUUUUUUGUGUAUGGGUGGUCCCGGGGAUCGAACCCACUACCUUUGGCGUUACAAGCGCUGUGCUCUACCAGCUGAGCUACAGAGGGUUGAGAGGAGUUGAACAAAGGGUUGCUCAAAGACAACCAGUAGCUACUGUUUCACACAGUUGGAUACAUUAUUAUUGACAGUUUCUUUUAGAGAACAAGCUGAAAGACUGAGCCCUGUCCCUAGUUCCCUACCUUAUCCCCUUCUAAAUGGACUUAUGUAUGCUUGUUUGGUGUUUGUCCACAGAGGAUGGGUGUCCUGCAUGUGGCCCAGCGGAUUGAGGAGCAGGCUGAUUUCGAGAAGAUCUACAAGAAUGGUAAGUGGCCACCCUCUACAGCACAUGAAUGGCAGCUACUUUAAGCCUUUUCACACUGCAUUCUCUUAGGCCAGGGGUAUCACUAACCCUGGGUUAAACUUAGCCCCGGGCUAAGGGGGCUGUCAGCCCUGGGCUAAGGGGCUAAGGGGGCUGUCAGCCCCGGACUAAGGGGGCUGUCAGCCCCGGGUUAAGGGUGCUGUCAGCCCCGGGCUAAGGAGGCUGUCAGCCCCGGGCUAAGGGUGCUGUCAGCCCCGGGCUAAGGGUGCUGUCAGCCCCGGGCUAAGGGUGCUGUCAGCCCCGGGCUAAGUGUAGUGUGUGAACGCAGCUUUUGAGUGUCCUAUGAGGUUGAUCUGUCUGGUGUGUCACACUGCUCUGCUAAUAAUGUCUGUCUGUUUUCGGUGCUAGCUUGGGCUGAUAAUGCCAACGCAUGCGCCAAACAGUACGCUGGUACAGGAGCCCUGAAGACCGACUUCACAAGGUAUAGAAAUGCGUUUCGGUGUGCUGCUGCCUUCAGAAAGUGUUCUCACCCCUUGACUUAGUCCACAUUUUGUUGUGUUACAGCCUGAAUUUCAAAUGGAUUAAAUUGAGAUUUUGUGUCACUGGCCUACACACAAUACCCCAUAAUGUCAAAUUAAUUAAAAAUGAAAAGCUGAAAUGUCUUGAAUCAAUAAGUAUUCAACCCCUUUGUUAUGACAAGCCUAAAUAAGUUCAGGAGUAAACAUUUGCUUAACAAGUCACAUAAUAAGUUGCAUGGACUCACUCUGUGUGCAAUAAUAGUGUUUAACAUGAUGUACCCCACACAUACAAUUAUCUGUAAAGUCCCUCGGUCGAGCAGUGAAUUUCAAGCACAGAUUCAACCACAAAGACCAGGGAUGUUUUCCAAUGCCUCGCAAAGAAGGGUACCUAUUGGUAGAUGGUUAAAAAAAAAGCAGACAUUUGAAUAUCCCUUUGAGCAUGGUAAAGUUAUUAAGUACACCUUGGAUGGUGUAUCAAUACACCCAGUCACUACAAAGAUACAGGCAUCCUUCCUAACUCAGUUGCCGGAGAGGAAGGAAACCGCUCAAGGAGUUCACCAUGAGGCCAAUGGUGACUUUAAAACAGUUACAGAGUUUAAUGGCUGUGAUAGGAGAAAACUGAGUACGGAUCAACAAAAUUGUAGUUACUCCACAAUACUAACCUUAACUUUUUGUCCUCAAUACAAAGUGUUAUGUUUGGGGUAAAUCCAAUAAAACACAUUACUGAGUACCACGCUUCAUAUUUACAAGCAUGUUGGUGGCUGCAUCAUGUAAUGGGUAUUUUCAUUUUUUUUGUAACCUUUAUUUAACUAGGCAAGUCAGUUAAGAACAAAUUCUUAUUUACAAUGACGGCCUACACCGGCCAAACCCGGACGACGCUGGGCCAAUUGUGCGCCGCCCUAUGGGACUCCCAAUCACGGCCGGUUGUGAUACAGCCUGGAAUCGAACCAGGGGGUCUGUAGUGAUGCCUCAAGCACUGAGAUGCAGUGCCUUAGACCGCUGCGCCACUCGGGAGCCCAUACCCCCUCGGUAUGCUUCUAAUCGUUAAGGACUGGGGAGUUUCUCAGGAUAUAAAAUCAUCGGAAUGGAGCUAAGCACAGGCAAAAUCCUAGAAAAAAACCUGGUUCAGUCUGCUUUCCAUCAGACACUGGGAGAUUAAUUCACCUUUCAGCAGUACAAUAACCUAAAACACAAGGCCAAAUCUACACUGGAGUUGCUUACCAAGAAGACAGUGAAUGUUCCUGAGUGGCCGAGUUAGUUUUGACUUAAAUCUACUUGAAAAUCUAUGGCAAGACUUGAAAAUGGUUGUCUAGCAAUUUGACAAAGCUUGAAGAAUUUUGAAAAAAAUCAUGGGUAAAUGUUGCACAAUCCAAGUGUGGAAAGCUCUUAGAGACUUACCCAGAAACACUCACAGCUGUAAUUGGUGCCAAAGGUGCUUCUACAAAGUAUACUCAUGGGUGUGAAUGCUUAUGUAAAUUAGAUAUGUAUGUAUUUUAUUUUCAAUACAUUUGCAAACAUUUCUACAAACAUGUUUUCACUUUGUCAUUAUGGAGUAUUGUGUGUAGAUGGGUGAGAGAGAAAAAAUCAAUUUAAUCCUUUUUUAAAUUCAGGCUGUAACACAACACAAUGCGGAAUAAGUCAAGGGGUAUGAAUACUUUAUGAAGGCACUGUAUACAGGCCUGCAUGUCAGUGUACCUCUGACCUCUGAAAUAUAUACAGGCCUGCAUGUCUCCAGAGACUAUGCUCGUGUGUUUGGAGGUCAACUGUUGGUUGUGUGGCUUCAAUUUGAAGUCACUUUUCUUUCAUUUCUAUGCAGACUGUCUACAUUUUUACAUUUACAUUUUAGUCAUUUAGCAGACGCUCUUAUCCAGAGCGACUUACAGUUAAGUGAGUGCAUACAUAAUUUUUUUCAUACUGGCCCCCCGUGGGAAUCGAACCCACAACCCUGGCGUUUGCAAACGCCAUGCUCUACCAACUGAGCUACAUCCCCUGCCGGCCAUUCCCUCCCCUACCCUGGACGACGCUGGGCCAAUUGUGCGCCGCCCCAUGGGUCUCCCGGUCGCGGCCGGCCACGACAGAGCCUGGAUUCGAACCAGGAUCUCUAGUGGCACAGUUAGCACUGCGAUGCGGCACCUUAGACCACUGCGCCACUCGGGAGCUAGGUACUAGCUGGUUGGUGGAUAAUCUCCGUGUGGCCACGAGCUGUUGAUGGAUGUUAUUUCUCCUUCAGCAGAUUGAUGCCAUUAGUAUUGGGGCAGACAGUCUGGCUACUUGCUUGCUGGUGACUGUAUCACUCGUUGUUGUGUUGACAGUGUCUGUUAUUGAUGGUUGUUGUUUCCUGUCCUCCGCCAGGACAGGGAAGAGGACCCAGAUGGGUCUGGUGAUGGAUGGAGUCAACUCUGCCAUUCGCUACUACAAGAACAACUUCUCUGACGGCUUCCGACAAGUACGUCUGAUUUUUUCAGUUUAAAGGCCUAGAAAAAAGGACGUGUUCCUUUUGUGAACUACAUAAGGUAGUCACAGCAAUAAAUAAUCAGAUAUCUACUGUGUAGUUGAUACAUUUGCUGCUAUAGACCAAUAUCGUUUUCCUCUAAAAUCAUAAUUUUACAAAAACUGAACAUAAUUCUUCAUCCAUGUUUUUGUAGAGAGACAUGGAGAUAUUUCGCUGUGUUCUUUUGUCAGUCCUUUAAAGAGUAAAUAAAAUAGUAUUUGUGUGUCUUGUCUCCAGGAUUCCAUUGAUUUGUUCCUUGGAAACUACGCUGUUGAUGAAACAGACGGACCCACUCCACUCCGCAUCCAGAAGGACUGGAAGUUCCUCACGGUCAGUUGCCUCUCCCCAUCUCACAGUAGUAAUCAAAUCAAAAAAUCAAAAUUGUAUUUGUCACAUGCGCCGAAUACAACCGGUGUGUAGGCCUUUUCAGUGAAAUGCUUACUUACAAGCCCUUAACCAACAAUGCAGUUUUAAGAAAAAUAAGUGUUAAGUAAAAAAUAGUUAAGUAGAAAAUUAAAGAGCAGCAAUAAAAUAACAGUAGCGAGGCUAUGAACAGGGGGUACCGGUACAAAGUCAAUGUGCAGGGGCACAGGUUAGUCGAGGUAAUUGAGGUAAUAUCUACAUGUAAAGGGAUGUAUCAUAGGGGUGAGAGGUGGGGAGAGGCCUUUUUGGGAUGUCCUGGCACCAGUCAGGAUGCCAAGACUGAUCAUCAUGUUUUGUGAUUCACUUUACACGACUAAAUCUAUGGUACUCUCCUCCAUUUUAAUACCGAGUUCUGCUUCCCCCCCCCCCCCCCCCCCCCCCCCAAACUACGAAUAAUAUAUUUUAGUCAUCUUUGUCUUGCAGCUGCCCAUCAUCAUGGUGGUGGCGUUCUCUAUGUGUAUCAUCUGCCUCCUCAUGGCUGGUAAGAAAACCACUGUUGAUCUCCAUCUGACAACCCCUUGUCUAAAGGAACAUUUUAGCCUUUUAACUCUAGCCAUAUUAACCUCAGGACACAAGGGCAUGCUAGCUUGUUCUGUUUUUGUCUAUAUCUUUAAAAUGUUUCAUCUCUGGUCACAAAAAUGUAUAUAUUUGUUAUGGUCUCUGACAAGUGUCCCCCUCUGUCUCUUUGUGUCCUUGAUAUGUGUUGUUCUCUGACGAGUGGUGUCCCCCUCUGUCUCUUUGUGUCCUUGAUAUGUGUUGUUCUCUGACAAGUGUCCCCCUCUGUCUUUUUGUGUCCUUGAUAUGUGUUGUUCUCUGACAAGUGUCCCCCUCUGUCUCUUUGUGUCCUUGAUAUGUGUUGUUCUCUGACGAGUGGUGUCCCCCUCUGUCUCUUUGUGUCCUUGAUAUGUGUUGUUCUCUGACAAGUGUCCCCCUCUGUCUCUUUGUGUCCUUGAUAUGUGUUGUUCUCUGACAAGUGUCCCCCUCUGUCUCUGUGUCAUUUAUGUGUUGUUCUCUGACGAGUGUCCCCCUCUGUCUCUGUGUCCUUGAUAUGUGUUGUUCUCUGACGAGUGGUGUCCCCAUCUGUGUCUCUGUGUCCUUGAUAUUUGUUGUUCUCUGACAAGUGUCCCCCUCUGUCUCUUUGUAUCCUUGAUAUUUGUUGUUCUCUGACAAGUGUCCCCCUCUGUCUCUGUGUCCCCCUCUGUCUCUUUGUGUCCUUGAUAUGUGUUGUUCUCUGGCGAGUGUCCCUCUCUGUCUCUUUGUAUCUGACGAGUGGUGUCCCUCUCUCUUUCCCAGGUGACACGUGGACUGAGACCCUGGCGUACGUGUUGUUCUGGGGCACUGCUGCUGCAGUCACCGCUGCCGUCAUAGUCUUCAACGGCCGUGACUUUGUGGACGCCCCCAAACUGGUGCAGAAAGAGAAGAUGGACUGAAUGUGUGUUUGUGGAAAGCAGCUCGGCCCAGCGGACUCCUAUACCUCUUCAUCUUCAUCCAACUCUUCUUCCUCCCGGCUGCUUGAGGCUCGGACACUGUACUGACCUGCUGCUCUCCACACUGUCCUCCUAGUGUGCAUCCCAAAUGGCACCCU